ACAGCGAAAUCUUUCAAAGCAAUAUAACUGACUACUGUCUAUCUACGUAUGUGUUUAUUAUUAUUUUGUCUUCAAUUCAAAUUGUGUAUUAUGUAAAUUUUUCUCCUAUAACAGUAUAAUUUAUUUAAUACCAACAUGGAAACCACACCAUUACUAGCACGUCCAAAAAAGAAAUCGCUGUGGUCGAGGCUCAAGUUGAUGUUUUUUAAGCAACGAGAACUAUGUUCUAGAGUAAUAUUUUUGGGUCAGCUUCCGGAAGAGGAGUAUCCACCAAACUAUGUUUGUAAUCAGAAAUACAACCUCAUCACAUUCCUGCCGCUGGUGCUGUUUGAGCAGUUCAGGUUUUUUCUUAACCUGUACUUCUUGGUGAUGGCUUUAAGUCAGUUCAUUCCCAGCAUAAGAAUUGGUUACUUGUACACAUACUGGGGACCACUAUGUUUUGUGCUGGCUGUCACACUAUUUAGGGAAGCCAUUGAUGACUUCAGAAGAUACAGGCGAGAUAAGGAAGUGAAUCGUCAAUGCUAUGAACGUAUAGUGCUAGACUCAUCCAUCCAUGGCUACCGUCCGUUCAUCACGGAAAAUGUUCCGGCCUCAUCCCUCCGAGUCGGAGAUAUUGUGAUGUUGCACAAAGGACAGCGGGUGCCCGCUGAUAUGAUAUUGUUAAGGACUAAUGAAACAAUGGGCACUGUGUUUAUACGGACGGAUCAGUUGGACGGUGAAAUCGAUUGGAAGUUAAGGAUACCUCUGCCGUCGACCCAGAAACUGCAGACGGACGCUCAUCUAUUGGAUAUAAACGCAAAACUGUUCGUAGAUAAGCCAGAAAAGGACAUACAUUCGUUCAUAGGCACCUGUACGAGAAUGGACGAAGAGGAGUGCGAUUCCUUGGACAUAGAGAACACGUUGUGGAGCGGAUGUGUUGUCGCGUCGGGGCAAGCAACGGGCUUAGUUAUAUAUACAGGCUGUGAGACUCGAAGCGUGAUGAAUAAUGCAACUCCAAGGUCCAAACUGGGACGUCUCGAUUUACGUAUAAACGACUUCACCAAAGUGUUAUUCGGAGCGACCUUCUUCACGUCGCUACUCCUCAUCAUACUCAAGGGCUUCGAGGGUCCGUGGUACGGGUUCCUGUUCCGAUUCGUCCUUCUCUUCUCCUACAUCAUCCCCAUAAGUCUCCGAGUCAAUCUGGAUAUGGGGAAGGCCUUCUACUCGUGGGCCAUUCAGCGGGACAAGCAGAUGCCGGGUACCGUGAUGCGCUCCACCACCAUACCUGAAGAGUUGGGGCGCAUCCAGUACCUGCUGGCCGACAAGACCGGAACACUCACCAAGAAUGAGAUGUUCUUCCAGAAACUGCAUCUAGGGAACGCGAUGUUCGAUAAGAAUAAUUUCUAUGAGGUGGAAGCCCUGCUGACACAAUACAUAACGAACGACGCGUCUUCUCUACCAACUUCGCCGGUAUCGGGGGGCGAAGUCCUAACGCCAACUCCGAGACAGGUGUGGGAAGCCGUGCUGGCGUUGGCGUUGUGUCAUAACGUCACGCCCGUCUAUGAAGUUGAUGACACGCGAGCUGACGAAGCACAGUCCGAUAUGGGUAGUUCUGUGAUGUCGGAGAGCUGUGGAGGUGCUGUGCCCCAGCAGCAGCUGUGCGACUACCAGGCGGCCAGUCCCGACGAGGUGGCUCUCGUUAAAUGGACGGACAUGAUGGGCGUAUCAUUAUACCGGCGUGAUCUGCACAACAUCGCGUUGAAGCUGCGCGCCGCCAACGAGGUGAUGCAGUACAACAUACUGCAAGUGUUUCCCUUCACCAGCGAGUCCAAGAUGAUGGGUAUCAUAGUUCAGGAGGAGAACACGCAAGCUAUAACGUACUACGUGAAAGGUGCUGACGUGGCCCUGUCCAAGUUGCUGCAGUCCGCGUGGCUGCCGGCGGAGUGUUCCAAGUUGGCGGCCGAGGGGCUACGGACACUUGUCAUCGCUAAGAAGACUCUCACCAAGAACGAGUACUUGGAGUUUGAGAGCGAGUACAAGGAGGCUCGCUUGAGCGUUACGGGGCGCACGGAGCGGACUGCGGCCUGUCUGGCGAAAUUGCACCGCGGACUGGCGCUGCUGGCCCUCACCGGGGUGGAGGACAGGCUGGCCGACAGGGUGCCCGCCACGCUCGCCAUGCUCAGGACGGCUGGGGUUAAGAUCUGGAUGCUGACUGGCGACAAGUUAGAGACGGCGCUGUGUAUCGCAAGGUCGCUGCAUCUCGGAGGCAGCGGGGAGUGGCUCGUGGCUCCUGACUGCAGCUCGAGGAGGGACGCGUACGCUCUUAUAGAUUCACUGGCCAACACUGACUGCGCAGACCUCAUUAUAGAAGGAGAAACCUUGGAGGUCUGUCUCCGAGCGUACGAGGAGGAGAUGGUAGAGCUCUUACAGAAGUGUACCGGAGUGGUGGUGGCGCGCUGUUCCCCCACACAGAAGGCGAGAGUCGCGCGACUGUUGAGGGAGAGAGAUCUGGUGGUGGCGGCGGUGGGGGACGGUGGUAACGACAUCUCCAUGAUACAAGAGGCUGAUGUGGGUAUAGGGAUAGAGGGUAUAGAAGGACGUGCGGCGUCUCUGGCGGGGGACGUGAGCGUCCGGGAGUUCGCCCACGUCGCACGCCUGCUGUUGCUGCACGGUAGACGGUCGCUCAUGCGCUCGGCCGCUCUCUGUCUGUUCAUUGUUCACCGAGGGCUGGUCGUGUCCACUAUGCAGGCCGUGUUCUCCGUAGUGUUCUACUUCUCCUCCGUGUCUCUGUACCCUGGAUUCCUGAUGGUCGGUUACGGAACCGUUUUCACAAUGUUGCCGGUGUUCUCAUUGGUGCUGGACAAGGACAUAUCUAGCACAACGGCGCUCCGUUAUCCGCAGCUAUACAAGCAGCUGACCAAAGGCAGGCAGCUGUCGUACAAAACUUUCUACAUCUGGAUCGGAAUAUCUAUUUAUCAAGGCGGUGUGAUAAUGUACGGGGCGCUGGUCCUGUUCGAGGAGCAGCUGAUACAUAUAGUGGAGAUCAGUUACACGGCGCUCAUCCUCACCGAGCUGCUGAUGGUGGCGCUGACCGUGGACACAUGGCACCGCCUCAUGGUGCUGGCCGAGCUGGUCAGCCUGCUCAUGUACACCGCCACGCUGCUCAUAUUCACUUCGUACUUCGACGCCGACUUCAUCCGUCACUGGGAGUUCUGGUGGAAGGUGACCACUAUCACGCUGGUGUCCUGUCUGCCGCUGUACAUCGUGAAACACAUGCACAGGAAGUGGAACGAACGCCAGUACAAAAAUAUACGGAAAUAAGUGUAUGAGUCAUACAUCGGACGGGUUAAAAGACUUUGUCACAUAAAAAUCACAGCAUACAAGUGUAUGAGAUCUUUGUACACCGACUGUACCUGUAAGUGUAUCCUAGCUUAUGAUUGGACCGAUUAUUAUAAUUAGUAUUUAGUCUUCAUAUAUAGUAUUUCCUUUCAUAUGGGACGUUUUCAAAGACAAUGUUCUGAUCGCUGCCGAUGCAGACAUUAUAGUAAGAUGUAUCAAAAUUUCUCUCCCAAUCUUUUUUUUAAUCUAUAUUUCUUUUCACUUUCAUAUGUAUUAUUUUAAGUAUUAAAUAAUAUGGCAGUAUGUUGUAGUAUUUUUUUUUUUUAAUGAAAAUGCUUUAAAAAAUUUCUCAUAUUUAGUUUUAAAAUUCAAAAACUGAGUGCCUUUAUUUGUAAAAAUAUUUUCUUCGUUAUGACUGCAAGCUUUGUAUGUAAUAUUAUUGUAUGAAUAAAUCAAACUGAAUAUUUAAUUUGCUGUCAUUAUUUGUAUUGUAAUUCUAUUAUAUUUUUAUAUUUCAGACUGACCUAGUUCAGACAGGAGAUUUUUUUAUUUUAUUUUAUAAUAUUUUUUGGGGAGUAUUCUCAUAUGUGUCACAGAUUAGUAAAAACUUUUGUAUUAAUUUAAUUUCCGCUAACUGUAUGUAAAACAAUAUGAUACUGUGAUUUUAGAUUGAUUGUAAUGUUAGUGUGUAAGAACCUAUUCCGUAAGUUAUUCUGAAACCGAUGACGUCAUUUAAGCAAGGUACAAAACGUGUAAUUUGUGAUAGCUAUAUUUAUUUGAUAGUUUAAAAAUGUGUUAGAGAUUUUAUUUAAGUUAUUCUAUGUUCCAUUAUUUUAUGUUUGAGUUUAAAAAAAUAAUAAUUGUUUAUUACACUGUAACCAAUAAAAUUGUUAUCUGUACAA